GAUAAUAAAGUUUUGAGCAGUGCCUCCCCAAGAAGUGUGAUGAGAAAUGGCUUUAGGAAACAAUACCCAGAGAAGUUAUUCCAUCAUCCCCUGCUUCAUCUUUGUUGAGCUCGUCAUCAUGGCUGGAACUGUUCUGCUCGCCUACUACUUCGAGUGCACCGAUACUUUCCAGGUGCAUAUCCAAGGCUUCUUCUGUCAGGACGGCAAUUUGAUGAAACCGUAUCCUGGGACGGAGGACGAGAGCUUCGUUUCUCCCCUUGUGCUCUACUGUGUGCUGGCUUCAACCCCAACAGCUAUUAUUUUUAUUGGUGAGAUAUCCAUGUAUUUCAUAAAGUCAACUCGAGAAACCCUAAUUAUUCAAGAGAAAACUAUUUUGACUGGAGAAUGCUGUUACCUGAACCCACUGCUUCGAAGAAUAAUACGUUUUAUAGGGGUGUUUGCAUUUGGACUUUUUGCCACUGACAUAUUUGUAAACGCUGGCCAGGUUGUGACUGGGAACUUGGCUCCCUACUUCCUGACUGUGUGCAAGCCCAACUACACUGGGAACGACUGCCGGGCCCACCACCAGUUCAUCAACAAUGGCAACAUCUGCACGGGGGAUGUGGAGGUGGUUGAGAAGGCAAGAAGAUCCUUCCCAUCCAAACAUGCUGCUCUGAGCAUCUACUCAGCUUUAUAUGCCACGAUGUACAUCACAAGCACAAUUAAGACAAAGAGCAGCAGGCUAGCCAAACCCGUGCUGUGUCUGGGCACCCUGUGUGCUGCCUUCCUCACCGGGCUCAACCGAGUUUCUGAGUACCGAAACCACUGUUCGGAUGUGAUCGCAGGCUUCGUCUUGGGUAGUGCUGUAGCUUUGUUUCUGGGGAUAUGUGUUGUCCAUAACUUUAAGGGCACUCACGGAGCACCUUCUAAACCGAAGCCUGAAGACCCUCGAGGAAUGCCACUAAUGGCUUUUCCAAGAGUGGAAAGUCCUCUGGAGACACUGAGUGCACAGAAUCACUCUGCCUCCAUGACUGAAGUAACCUGAGGUGGAAGAUUGGCCACAGAAGCUAUUUUUUAUUACCCCCCAGUACGAUACUCUAAGACACACAGUUACUAAAUAUCUAACUGUGAUGACCAGUAUUAUGUUAUGUCUAGUUAGAGGCUAAUGUUUUGUACUUUUUUUGUAUGAGGAAGUGACGUAGCUUGCCCUGAUUUUUUUGUCAGCUUUAAUAUUAUUAUGCCAGAAUUUAAAAGCAAAA